AUGGUCAAUAAGUUAGCAGCUAAUGUUUUUGAUUUUCAACAGCAAACUCUUAAUUUCCAAAAAGAGACGAAGGAUUUCCAACAGAAAACCGAGGCGUCCAUCAGAGAGUUGACCACAUCGAUCGAGAAAUUGACCUCUCAAGGGAAGCUACCGUCACAAACAAAACCAAACCCUAGACAAAAUGCAAAUGCAGUGACGUUGCAAAGCGGAAAGGUACUGGAACCAAUUCCUGACAGGAAUCUUGCCCAAGAAAUUGCCCAAGAAAAACCCGAGAAAGACGAACAGGUCCGACCGAAGCCUCCAUUGCCUAAAAUUCAACCUCCAUUUCCAGAACGAUUCAACCAGUGUAAUGAAAGGGUGAAUGUUGGUGAGAAUGUAUCUGCAGUGUUACAGCAGAAAAUGCCGGUAAAAUACAAGGAUAGGGGUUUUUUGACAAAAACAGGUGUUGUAAUUCAAUUGGUGGACAGGUCUGUUGUGCAUCCAAAAGAAGUCCUUGAGGAUGUUCUGGUAAAAGUUAACGAGCUUAUUUUCCCUGUAGAUUUUUAUGUGAUCAAAAUGGAGGAGGAUAGCACUCCUGGAUCUUCAGAUCUCCUGUUGGGGCGACCGUUCCUUAGUACAGCAAGUACUAAAAUUGAUGUUCGAAGUGGAACUCUCACGAUGGAGUAUGAUGAGGAGAUUAUAAAGUUUAAUGUCUACAAUGCCAUUAGCCAUCCAAGUGAAAUCUUGAGCGCACUAGAGUUGGAGUUAGAACCCGCAGAGCAGACAAGGAAAUUAGACAUCCAAGAGUUAGAAGAAAUUCGCAAUGAUGCCUAUGAGAAUGCUCACAUUUAUAAAGACAAGACAAAGUUGUUUCACGAUAAGAAAGUGGCUCAAAAGCAUUUUUUGGUAGGACAAAAAGUUUUACUUUAUAACUCCGUGUUAAAGUUAUUCCCAGGUGUUGCUGCUUGA